CGGGUUAUCCGGCGGAUUGUUUCAUAAUAUUGUCAUUAUGAGCAAUCUUUACUUUGCGACUUUUAAAUGUCUUGGUUUUUCAAUUAAAAGUUAUUAGCGACUAUUUUCGCGCUUCAUUUACCACAUACUUGAACAAGCCAUCUUUGCCAAAAUAGUUAUUGCAAAAAAUUUCAAAUGUUAAACUUGGUUGCAAAAAGCGUUCUCUUGAUUCCUUUCAAAUUAUGUACAUAUGCACAUUUUUUUUAUGUCAAUACAGAAUGCUCUGCGGGUUUUUUUUAAAUAAUUCAAAAAAUAAUCAAUGACUGCAGAUUGGGAAGAAUUUGUUAAGGUGUAUAUACCACACAUUAUGUAUGCAUAUUUGCUUCACCAAUUCUUAAAUCAUUAAUUAUAUUCUUGUCGUUUGAACUUGCACUUAACCUGGUCCACCUCUCACAAGAGUCUUGAAAAAUGAAGAUUGCAGUUGUUGGUGCAGGUAUCAUGGGAAUGGCAGCAGCUUAUUUCAUCAAAGAAACAUUUCCUCACUUUGAUGUUAUAGUUUACGCUGAAAAGAUGAGUCCCCACACAACAAGUGAUGGUGCUGCAGGAAUAUGUGUUGGUGCACCUGUUGAAAAGAAUCCAAGAGAAAAAGUGAACAAAUGGGUGAAGGCUACUGUUGAUUAUGCGCAUAAUAUUAUAAGAACUCACGAAAACUCACACAAAAUGGGACUCUCAAUUGCCCAUGGUUACCUCCUUAGUAGCAAAGGAGAAUUGAAAAUAUCUGAUUGGAAAGAUUGUGUAAUUAAUCACCAUAAAUUGGAUGAAUCCGAACUUCUUCAAUUUCCUGAUGAAAUUACAAGUGGAUAUCUUGUAACCACAGUUUUUGUAGAAUGUAGCAAAUACAUUCCGUGGAUCGCCAAAUUGUUUAAGCAAAAAGGUGGCAAAUUAAUAGAGAAGAAGAUAGAAUGUUUGGACGAUUUGCAAGCCCAUGAUAUCAUUAUAAACUGUUCAGGAUUAGGUGCAAGAUACCUUGUCAAUGAUCAAAGUGUUAAACCAGUGAGGGGUCAUGUCAUCAGACUGAAAGCUCCUUGGGUGAAAGGAUUUAUAAGACACGUGGACAACGAUGACAGAGGAAGAUCUAAGCACAUCCUAGUCAACCAAGACACUGUCGUUAUCGGAGGGUUAAAAGAAAAGGACUGCAUCGAGCCAGAACCACGAGAAGAAGAUAGAGAAUGGAUAAUUUCAGAAGCACAGCGAUUUUUACCGAGUCUUAAUCAUGCUAAAAUUGUAAGAGAAUGGGUGGGUUUCCGUCCAUCCAGACCCACUGUUAGAUUGGAAAAAGAAAUUUGGAAGUUCAAAACACCUCUAGGAGGAGUAAAAUCGGUUCCUGUAAUACAUAACUACGGUCAUUCAGCUCAUGGAGUGAGUUUGUUUUAUGGUUGCACCCAAGAGGUUUUGGAGCUAGUUAAAAGUUGCAUUAGUUGUAAAAGUAGAUUAUAGUAUACAAUCAUAUUUCGUCACCAGUUGAUGUAAAGAUAUAAGCGCAAAAUAAAACAUUGUAAUUAAUACUUAAUAAAAUCAUGUAUUACAUACAUUAUGAAAAA